UAAGUACGGCGCAGUCUCGUCGGCGGAGUAUUCUCAACAGGUCGUUUUACGGAGAAAGCAAAAAUGGAGGAGUAUCCCCAUAAACAACCGGUCGAAAACCUCGACGACCCUCCCAAUAGCCGCCUGUUCGUGGUCGGCAGUCGCUCCAUGACUGAGGAAUCACUUCAGGGGGCUUUCUCAGUGUUCGGAGAAAUUCAAGGAGUUUGGAUUGUUAAAGAUAGACAGACAAAGGAAUCCAAAGGUAUCGGCUACGUGAAAUUUGCCAGGUCUUCGCAGGCCUGUUUGGCCAUGGAGGAGAUGCACGGAAAAGUUCUGCUAGAAGGGACUAAACCUGUUAAGGUAUUUAUUGCCCAAUCACGAUCAUCUGCAAGGCACAGAGACGUGGAGGAUGAAGAACUGACCAGAAUCUUUGUCAUGAUCCCGAAAACGUUCACCGAGGAGGAUCUCAAAGACACAUUUAAAGAAUAUGGUGACAUUGAGUACUGCGUGAUUAUCAAGAAUAAAACCACCGGAGAGAGUAAAGGCCUGGGUUACGUGAGAUACUUCAAACCGUCCCAGGCUGCGCAUGCCAUAGAGAACUGCGACAAAACCUACAGAGCCAUCCUGGCUGAGCCACGUUCCAAGACGAUAGCUCCGGACGACUACUCGGUGGGAGCGACCAGGGGAGAUUACAAUGAUUCAUCAAACCAGUAUGCAGCUCCUAUGGCUGACCCUGGGAGCUACCCUGCCAUGGACUACCGCUCCAGUGACUUCACACGUUGCCUGAUGAUGUCAACCAGGGCAGCGCUGACAGAAAAACAGUUAGUGAGUUUAUUUCAGAAGAGUGUUAGAUAUUGCAAUAUAGAGAGAAUUUCAUGGUUUGGAAAAGGUCACGCCUUGAUCCGUUACAGUAAUCUGGGAUCCGCAGUUUAUGCCAAGGACAAGUUGAAUGGCUUUGAAUAUCCACCCGGAAACAGACUGGUAGUAAAUUUUGUCGAUGAUGGAGAGGACCGCAGCAGUCCCGUAGGUCGUAUGGCCAUGCAGUUUGUGGCAGCGCAGAUGAUGUCCACGCUGUGGAAUGGACCCUCCACCAGUCAAGGCGUUAAACCACCUGGUUUCUCUGGUGCCACUCCGAUGUCCCGCGUCCAGACGGAUGUUACCCUGCCUCCCCAAAAGAAGCUGGCUCCACCUGACAGUAAAACUAAGGAGCGCUUGUUCCUGGUGUUUAGCCCCUCCCCUCUGCCCACCGACAUACUGGAGGAUGUGUUCUGUCGCUUUGGCUCUCUCAUCGAGGUUCAUUUGGUUCACGGAAGGAAAGUGGGCUACGCCAAGUUUGCGGAGAAGCAGUCGGCAGAUGACGCCAUGGCGGCGCUUCACGGUCAGGUGGUGAAUGGUGUGAAGAUGAAGGUGAUGCUCGCUGAUCCCCCCAGAGAGGAGUCCCACAAACGUCCUCGUACAUACUAGGACCCUGUCUAGGAAGUGACUUGGCGACUGUUGUCGUGACACAAUGACACCUGACCUGACAGACCGACAUCAAGACCUUCUUCUGACCCCUGACACGACCUUUGACCCACCUAUCUGACCCAACUUUUGGUCAGUGACCUCACUGUGACUCACUGUAAAAACAACCGUCUCAACAACUGCAUCACGUCCGGUGUGUGUCUGUGGUCUUUGUCAUGAUUUCAAUCUUUUAAAAAAAAAAAACAACAACAUUUUUUUUUCUUCUAUUUCUGUUCUUUUAUUCCUAUUAGCUGGAUUGUCCAGAAUACUGAGCGGAAAACUGAUGGUUUCAAAAAAAAGUUAUAAACACAGGGUUGGAGACUAGUAUCAGCCUAUUGGAUGAAUUCGUCUAGGAUGUUGUAGCAAAGAGCUCCUGAUUUUUGCGUGGCUGUACACCACUAAGAAAAGAUGAAAAAAGACGGCUCUUGGAGAAAAAUAAUCCACUAGUUAGAAUUUAAACUUCACUCUCCUUUAAAAUACUAACGGAGCAGAAGAGUGUUUUUUUUUUUUUUUAACAAGGAAGGCUCAUGUAUGUAUCUGCAUUAGUUGAUUUGCAUGAUUUUUAAAAAAAGUCUUAUUUUUAAUUAUUUCCAAUAUAAGAAUAGUCACUUUUUCCCAUAUAGAUGAUCUCAUGGCCUCACUGUGCUUCCAACUUUUGAUUUUUUUUUUUUUAUUUCCUCUCAUUCUCGUCUGUGAUCAAAAUGUCUUUUACUAUGUUUAAAUAAAGACGACAUAAUUUAGUGAUCAGGGGAAAGGAACUAUCAACAUGAUCCAUGAGCUAAACCACUUCUUCUAUACUACCAUCAACCCAUUAACACUUCCGGGAGUCACUUCAGAUGUCAUGUGGCGACAACCAGUACAGUACACGUCAAACUGAAUAGAGAAGUGUCUUAGACCAACAGUUAAUGUGUACUUUUUGUGAUACAGUGAAAAUAAAGAAUCCAAACAUC